AUGACAACGACCGCUACAAAUUCUGGGCCAUCAAUGAAAGUUUCGCGAGUAGCUGUGAAAGCUCCACCAUUUUGGCGUUCAGACCCGUUGCUGUGGUUUAAACAAAUGGUAUCGCAAUACAUUAUGGCUGGUAUUACGCAAGAUUCCACAAAAGUCCAUAACAUUGUCGCAUCUAUUGAAAGCAGUAUUUUAGAGAAGGUAUCAAACAUCAUCGUCGAUCCUCCUGCGGAGAACAUGUACGACACACUUAAGGAAAAACUUAUUAGCAGUUUCUCGGAUUCAGAAGAAAAGCGUCUCAAGAAGUUUUUGACUAACGUUGAACUUGGAGACAAGAAGCCUUCAGAGUUAUUAUCCGAAAUGCGGACUUUGUCUCAAACGACAUUUUGA